AUUUCUUGCUUGCUUGCUCUUCCAACUCCACAAACACCCACAAACAUAGCUAUUCCCAUUUUUUUUUAAGGGAAAGAAUCAGCAGAGCAAGAGCUAGUGAUAAAAUUGAAAAGCUGACCCUGUUUUGUUUUUCAAUUUGUAAGUAAACCCAUGCAAUCAAUCUUCUUUCUUCUGUGUGUUUUUUUUUGUUUCCAGUGAGAGUGAGAGUAGGAAGAGAGAAUUGACAAUGUUUUGGUUGUGACUUGUUGUUCUACUUCCUUCUUUUCUUUAUUAUGCUUAUUAAUUGUGACAAUUAUUUGAGAGAGCGAGCAAGCUAACAGACGAGAGGCUGUGAUUGGUUACCUCAGAUCCAGGGAACUGUCACUGUAAUUUGUGAAAAAGGGUUCCUGUGAUUCCUUUGGGACUUUAGCUUUCUGGGUGUUCUUUCUCAUGACCUAUGUAUUUAUAUUUCUUUCUUGCGUUAGAUAAGGAGUUGGUUUCAAAUAUUCAUAUUUGAUUUGUAUAUGAAUUUGGAAAAUUUCUUGUCUUAUAUUUUGUGGAUUUGAAGUUAUUUUCUGGCUCACUGUCGUUGAUGGAAGUAAGUAGUUUCCUCAAAAGGGAAGUUUGGAUUCAUUGUUGUCAUCAGAUCUGACUGUUCAUAUCCCUUUCACAACCUUUUCAGUCACCCAUGCCUUGCAUCUCACGAUUCUGCUUCCUCUUCUGGUAAGAUUGAGUUGUUUCCAAGCAUGGGAAUUAGUGGCGUUCACAUUCUAAGAUCAUUCUUUAUAAGAGAAGGGGUUCAGAUAAAGUAGAUUUUGAUGGAGGAGGUGCCUCCUGCGGUCGCCGUGCCAUUUAGAGUAUGUAAUUUAGUCUGUGAUAAUCCAUCCUUAGCUAACUGUAUGGAUAUCACAAGACUUAAGCUGAUGGCAAACACGAGUGGCUUGUUAUCUGGUUCUGUAAUUGAGGUUUCUUCCGCUGGGGAUGAUGAACAUAGUAUUUGUGAUUUAGAUGAUGGAGUUACUGAUACUGUUGAGACUGUGUCAGAAGAGGAGAUGGAAGGGGGAGCCCCUUUGUUGGAUAUGAUCUCUGAAAAAAAAAGCAAUUGGGUUGUUGGUGCAGAUGUUACAACUCGGGAAAGCGAGGACGAUGAUUCCUUAUCGUUGGAGGCUGAUCAGAUUUUUGAUAGCUCUUGUUCCCUUUCGGUGGCAAGUGACACUAGUAGCUUAUGUGGAGAGGAUUUCUUGACAUUUGAUGCUAGCUCUGAGGUUGGAACACCUAAUUCCAUUGAAAUUGAAAAGAGAAUUUGCAGUGUUGAUAUAAUCACAAAGGCCACUAGUGUGGCUGCAUCAAAUUGUGAGGCAGAUAUUGUGAGAGAUUCCCUUUCUGUGGGAGCCAGCCUCGGAGAAGAUGUUGGAGAUGGGCCUGACCCAAAGCCAUCUGCAGUUGUUCUUCAAUUGUCUCUGGAGAGACAGGCGAGUGGAACAGUUGUACGCAGUGUUUUUGAAGUCGAGUAUGUACCACUUUGGGGAUUUACAUCCAUAUGUGGAAGAAGAUCUGAGAUGGAAGAUGCAGUUGCAACUGUGCGUCGGUUUAUGAAAAUUCCUUUCCAAAUGCUAAUUGGUGAUCGUAUAAUUGACGGCAUGAGUAAGUUCUUGACUCAGCAGAAUGCUCAUUUCUUUGGAGUCUAUGAUGGUCAUGGUGGUUCUCAGGUUGCAAAUUAUUGUCGUGAUCGUGUCCAUUCUGCCUUGGCUGAGGAGAUAGAGUUUGUUAAGCAAUCCCUAAAUGAUGGGAGCAUCAAGGUUGGUUGCCAAGAGCAAUGGAGAAAAGCAUUCACCAAUUGCUUUGUUAAGGUAGAUGCUGAAGUGGGAGGAAAAGCCAAUAAUGAACCUGUUGCCCCAGAGACUGUGGGGUCUACUGCUGUUGUUGCGAUCAUUUGUUCAUCUCAUAUAAUUGUAGCAAACUGUGGAGAUUCAAGAGCAGUUCUAUGUCGUGGGAAAGAACCAAUGGCAUUGUCAGUGGAUCAUAAACCGAAUCGAGAAGAUGAAUAUGCCAGAAUUGAAGCCGCCGGAGGCAAGGUUAUACAGUGGAAUGGGCAUCGUGUUUUUGGUGUUCUCGCCAUGUCAAGAUCUAUUGGUGAUAGAUAUUUGAAACCGUCGAUUAUUCCAGACCCAGAAGUCACAUUUAUUGCUCGGGCAAAAGAGGACGAGUGUCUCAUCCUAGCCAGUGAUGGUUUGUGGGAUGUGAUGACAAAUGAAGAGGCAUGUGACCUGGCUCGCAAACGAAUACUAGUCUGGCACAAAAAGAACGGAGUUACACUUUCCCACGAACGGGGCGAAGGAAUUGAUCCUGCAGCUCAAGCAGCAGCAGAGUAUCUGUCAAACCGUGCUCUUCAGAAAGGAAGCAAGGACAACAUCACUGUGAUUGUGGUGGAUCUGAAAGCUCAGAGAAAAUUCAAGACCAAAACAUGAGAAAUUUCUUCCUCCUUCCUUCAGCUGUUGGAUUUGUUGACUUCAUGUGAUCCAUAUUUGGUUAUGCCCAUCUAUUUUUCACCUGGGUUUGUUGGGUAAAUGAAAAUAGUAGUGUCUGUAUUUACCAUAGAGGCUAGAGCACUGCAGGGAUCAUUCUAGUACUUUUUUCUAUGUCCAUUUCUCUUGUUCUUAUAAGCCAUACUGUGUUCUGGCUUUGUAAAUCUUCCCUGUUUGUUUUAGGGAUAGGAGAUCCUGACAAGUUAUACGCAUUUGGCGUACCUUCGAUCGAAAAGGCCCCAUGGGGUAGAUACGUUAUACUAUCAUUUCAUGAACUUCUGUUUUA